AAAGAAAAAAGAAAAAAAAAAGGAAAAGGAAAAAAUUUAAAUUUGAACAAAACAAAAAAGAAAUGAUAAAAGAACGGAUAUAGAGAAUCCUCCUCCUCAUCGUAUCAAGAAAAUAGAGUGAAAAGUAAGAAAAUGGCUGCCUCAUUGAUGGGAAGUGGCCAGCGCCUUGCCGCUCUGGCGCUCUGCCUUAUACUCCUCCUGGAUAUUACAAUGCCUAGUUUGGUUUUGGCCAAGGCCAAAGGAGGAGGACAUCAUCGUGGCGGAGGUGGACGUGCACAAAAAGGUGGUGGGCAUAAAGGAGGCGGUGGUGGACAUAAAGGUGGAAAAGGUAGUGGGCCUAAGGGAGGUAGUGGGCCUAAAGGAGGUGUUGGGCCAAAAGGAGGUAGUGGGCCUAAAGGAGGUGGUGGGCCAAAAGGAGGUGGUGUAGCUCCAAAUGUUCCUAAUCCUAAACCUAAUCCAAAUCCAGUUGGCGGUGGAAUUCCUAAACCUAAUCCUAAUCCUGUGAUUCAUCCUAAUCCUAAUCCUGUGAUUCCUCCUAAUCCUGUGAUUCCUCCUAACCCUAAUCCUAAUCCUAUUCCUGUGAUUCCUACUAAUCCUAUUCCAGCUGGUAGUGCACCUGUGGGUGGCGGCGUUCCUGUUCCUGAAGCUGGGAAAGGCAUCCUAUACCACGGAGGGCCUCUGCUCACCGGGGACCUCAAUCUCUCCAUCCUAUUUUACGGUCAGUUCACGGCCGAACAAAAGAACGUCGUCCGGAGUUUCCUGAGGUCCCUCGAGAACACCGAGAACGACCACAUAGCCGCCGUGCACAGGUGGUGGGACAUUGUCGAGGCCUACCAACUAUUCACCAAUAAGCCCGGCCUGGACCCCGCCGCUGCCCCACCAAGACUCCGGAUCAAAGUGGGCACUCAGCAGAGUGACGACAAGUACACAGUGGGGAAGGUGUUGACCAUUGACUUCAUCAACUCUCUGUUCAAGAAGGCCGACUCCGGGAAGCCCAACACUCUUGUCGUACUCUUCACGGGGAGCCAAGUGACGGUGCAAGGGCUGUGCAGAGGCAAAUGUUACGAGCACGGCUUGGUUGAUAACAAACCCUAUCUCAUCGUCGGCAACCCCGAAAUCGAGUGCCCCGGAGCUUGUGGCUGGCCCUUCAACAGGCUCGACUACGGCGUUUCAAACCAGGUCACCGUGAAGCCCCCCAACGGAAACGCCGGCAUUGAUGCCAUGCUCAUCAACUUCGCCUCCGGCUUGGCUGCUGCAGUCACCAACCCCUUCAAUACCGGAUUCUUCAAACCCGGACCCAAGGACGACCCCAUCGAGGCCGGCACCGCCUGCGAUAACAUCUUCGGAAGUGGCGCAGUCCCUGGCCAGACAGGAAAGGUUGAGCUGGACCCCGCUUCGGGUGGAUCCUACAAUGCCAUUGGAGAGAAGGGUACGAAGUUCAUGCUCCCCUCCGUGUGGAACCCACGCACCAACAACUGCUGGACCGCCCUGUAACUGUAAGUUAACCCAAAUGUACUCGUCAUAAAUAUAUAACAACAACUUAAAAUCAAAAUCAGUUUUCCAGUUUUACAGCAGCUCACCGGCCCCCGUGCAUUCAUGCAGCUGGAUUGAUGCGGAAAAUAAUCCUUAUAGCAAUGCUUCAUCCAUGUAAUUUUUUCCCUCUUUGUUUAUCUUUUUUGUCUCCAUUGACAUGACCCCUCGUCAUCCUGCUAUGCAUGACGUCAUGUCUUGUAAUUUUCAGACAAUGAAAUUAAGAUUUUGUAAUCUAAUUA